GGGGGGGGGCUACGUCGUGUUAUCUCCUCUUCCUUCAUGUCUGCUCCACGCCGCUCUCCUGCCCGCGUCCACUCACCGCCACGCCGCUAGGAGGGCCGGCUUUGUCCUGCCCGGCCGACAAAAGGACUUUUGACCGCCGCGGCGAAAGAAGGGAGGAAGGAAGAGGCGCAAACCCCCACCCCCUCCACCCCCCCCGGCAUGACCUCCUCUCCAUCACAUCACUAAAUGGGAUUUGACAACAGCCACUUGCCUUCAGCCCGAGCGGCCAUUCUUCAAAUGAGGACGAUUUAACCGCGGUUGUGUUCCUCUCAAGACGCGACAAAAGGUCUGCACAUGGGGGCGGGCAAGAGCAAGCCCAAGGAACCGGGCCAGCGCUCCAUGAGUGUAGACGGCACCAUCGGCACAGGCUCCGACAGCGGCCACUUCCACCACCUGAGCCCCGCCCAACAGACCCAAACACCAAACAGAAGCCCUGCGGUGGGGACCGGGCGGCGGGGCUACCAGGGGCAGUACCAGCACGCCCCCACCAACACUCCUGAGCUGGCUCUCUUUGGAGGAGUGGACCACACGGGUACUGUGACCUCGCCUCAGAGAGGACCUUUGUCAGGAGGUGUCACUACAUUUGUGGCUCUGUAUGACUAUGAAUCACGCACCGCAUCCGAUCUGACCUUUCGGAAAGGCGACACGCUGCAGAUUGUCAACAACACGAAAAAGUACAGCUUCAGAGAAGGAGACUGGUGGCUCGCCCGCUCCCUGACGACCGGCGAGAGCGGUUACAUCCCCAGCAACUACGUGGCGCCGUCAGACUCCAUCCAAGCCGAAGAGUACGUUCUCCUCCACUACUGUAUCGUAGUUUACACACGGAGGUGUGCUCUUACUACAUCUUGUGGUCCACAUGGCAGGUGGUACUUUGGCAAGAUCACCAGGCGGGACUCGGAAAGGAUCCUUUUGAAUUUGCAGAACAGACGAGGGACUUUCUUGGUGCGGGAGAGCGAGACUACCAAAGGAGCCUACUGCCUGUCAGUGCUGGACUACGACAACACCAAAGGCCUGAAUGUGAAACAUUACAAGAUCAGGAAGCUGGACAGCGGCGGAUUCUACAUCACGUCUCGCACGCAGUUCACCAGCUUGCAGCAGCUCGUCUUCCAUUACCGCAAGCACUCCGACGGGCUGUGCCACGCUCUAACUGACGUGUGCCCCGUGGCCAAGCCUCAAACCCAGGGACUGGCGAGGGACGCCUGGGAGAUCCCCCGAGAGUCCCUCCGUCUCGACCUCAAACUCGGCCAGGGCUGCUUUGGAGAAGUCUGGAUGGGUACGUGGAACGGUACGACGCGGGUGGCCAUCAAGACCCUCAAGCCUGGCACUAUGUCACCUGAGGCCUUUCUGCAGGAAGCACAGGUCAUGAAGAAGCUCAGGCACGAGAAGCUGGUGCAGCUCUACGCCGUAGUCUCAGAGGAACCCAUCUACAUCGUGACCGAGUACAUGAGCCAAGGCAGCUUGCUGGACUUCCUGAAAGGGGAAGCAGGCAAGAUGCUGCGACUGCCUCAGCUGGUGGACAUGGCUGCUCAGAUCGCAGCGGGGAUGGCUUACGUGGAGAGGAUGAACUACGUGCACAGAGACCUGCGUGCCGCCAACAUCCUGGUGGGGGACAACCUGGUGUGCAAGGUGGCCGACUUUGGACUGGCCAGACUCAUCGAGGACAACGAGUACACGGCCAGACAAGGAGCCAAAUUCCCAAUCAAGUGGACGGCGCCAGAAGCUGCUCUUUACGGCCGUUUCACCAUCAAGUCUGACGUGUGGUCCUUUGGCGUGCUGCUCACAGAGCUGGCCACUAAAGGCAGAGUCCCGUAUCCAGGCAUGGUGAACCGCGAGGUGCUGGACCAGGUGGAGCGCGGCUACCGGAUGCCGUGUCCGUCCGAGUGCCCCGGCUCCUUGCACGAGCUCAUGCUCUCCUGCUGGCGGAAGGACCCGGAAGAGAGGCCCACCUUCGAGUACUUGCAGGGCUUUCUGGAGGACUACUUCACCUCCACGGAACCCCAGUAUCAGCCUGGGGAGAACCUAUAGAACCCCCCCCCCACACACACACACACACACACACACACACACACACACACACACACACACACACACACACACACACGAUGUGCACUAAACCACCUCAGAGAGACUUGAAAUGGAAGCUCGGCUCCUCUGUGCCAUCAUGCACUCACGGUUUACUGGACACUCAGGCUUUGAGGGGCUUCACUGAUGUGGGAGGAGCCAAAGGAGGGGGCGGGACAGACUGGGUCAAAGAGGGACAAAAUGGUCCCUUAUUAUUAUUAUUUUUUGCUUCUUAACCGUCCCCCCCAUCCUCUGGAGGUGUUGACACAGGUGCCACUCGUCCUCCUUUCAGUGUUUCCGGUUUUUACAAAGCGCUGCUUCUUCUUCUUCUUCAAAACACUUUGCUCCGGAACUUUCUGUAUGUUUACCGUGGACGUGGACUCGGGUCAGGUCACAUGACAAUAAACCUCCACUGAACAGAG